ACACUUUUCCAGACUCUCUGGUGUUUCCUACGAUGAUGUAAUCCGUGCAGUUUCCGCCAAGUGGCGCUUCCAUUUCGAGGCUGGUGUUAGUUGUAAACACGUGGCAAUGAACUGUGACCGGCUAUCGGUGGAGGAUCGAGACCCUUGCAUAAUGGCGGCAACCAGGUAUGAAGAGUGGGAUGAUGCUGAUUCGGAUACUCUCUCAGCCCCUGAGGUACUAAUGAUUCCUGAUGCAUACGAGCAAUAUGGUACUGACGAGUAUUCAACGUUCAGAGUAAAAUUUGUAGCUGCUAGUGGUAAAAUCGAGGAAACCGCCUCCAGCGAAAUUCUCGAUGGACAUCUAAUGCUAAAGACUGCGGUUUUGCCGUAUUUGUCGGAAAUAAGCCGUCUGCCUAAUAGUGAGUUCCAAGCUAUUCGCCUCGCAGCAGCUGCUGACAUCUUGGAGGCAGUCUCAUUGCUCUUGGAAUUUGACUUUGACGUAAACGCAGUUGACGACAAUGGAAACACAGCCCUCCACAUCGCUGCGUUCGCCGGUUGUGUAGAGUCAAUCAAGAAACUCGUUGAAGCAGGAGCGUCCCUGACGGCCCAAAACAGCAAGGGGCAUUCCGUGUUCCACUGGGCAGUUCGCAGCCGGAACACCGCCGCCUUGCCACUGCUGAAAGACCUGGGUGCGGACAUUAAUAUCGCUGAUUGGAAGGGCCACACACCACUGCACACGGCGCUGGCCUCCGGAUUCCACGAAGGUUUUGACGCGCUUAUGGAUCUCGGGGCGAACCCCUUCGUCUCUACGCCAGACGGUGUCUCUCUCCUCCACACUGCAGCAGCGAAAGGUAACACGAGAGCAGUUCGCGUGCUGUUGCAAGCGGGCGUCGACGUGGACGCUCGCAACGCCGUGCAUCGAACGGCCCUGCACGAAGCGGCGUCCGGCGGCCACGUGAGGUGUGCGGAACUGCUUCUGGACGCCGGAAUACACGCCGAAUGCCGCGAUGACCUCGGCUGCACUCCUUUGCACCUGGCAGCCAGCUACCGACAAGUGGGGGCGGUGAUAUUUCUGUUGCAGCGGGGAGCAGACGUUGAUAGCGCCAGUGUAGAUUUGGACACGGCACUCCACAUGGCAGCUCGAGCCGGCGACAGAAAAACAGUAGAGAUUCUGAUCGGUGCUGGCGCGGACGUGAACGCUAGCAACGCUGAAGGGUCCACCCCUCUGCACGUGGCCAUUGCAGAGAAGCACGACGAAGUGACGGAUUAUAUUCUCUCUCUUCAGCGGUCUGACGUGGACGUAGCAGAUGGCGGGGGCCUCACCCCUCUGCACCUGACUGCCGUCAAUGGGGUCGCUACUUCUACUGCUGCCCUUGUGGCAGCCGCGACUCUGUCGUUCAGUAUGUUGCCGUGGGAAACACCAGUGAAUGCAGCAGUAGAGCGGAGCGACAUUAUAGUAGAAUGGUUGAACCGCCUACGAGGAGGCAGAAAUGGGACUGCAACAUCCACAGAGUCUGACUGUCAAGCAAUUUCCUUUUAGAGCUCACCAGCACUGUCGUUUCGUAAUAUAAAAGAAAGCCGCAUGUUCAACAUUCUCUAUUAAUAAAUACAUUCAAAUAUUAAUCAAUGUGUUAAGAUUCAUUUCAUACUUAUAUCCUACAACAGUGACUACCUACAACCACUGAAAUACGUUGUUUUGAAAGAAUUUCCUUCGGUUUCCUUUUAAUUUCGGGUCACUGAAUGUUAAGUAGUCCACAAAUGUCGUUAACUACAAAGUACUCGAAAUCACAUACCUCAAAGAAUGCAUGCUGUGGAACUGCCACUGACCAAGUGAACUAACGCCUCCCUUAAUGCGACCUGCGCAUUUGAGGAAUUAGUGUGCUUUCGGACUUCACAUCUUGAUGGCUCAGUUGUGGAGCUCAGGCUACGGAUCAAAACGUCAGGAUUGAUUCCCAGUCAGUCCUAGGGAUUUUUGAACCGUGAUUUGU